AUGGUCCAAAAGUUAACGCAAGAGUAUGCCAACCACGGCCUAUCGCUGAAAUGCGACAUCUACACUCAAGACGACUACCCAAAAGAGAAUCCCGUGUUUCUGUACUUUCACCCCGGAGGCCUUGUCGACGGAAACCGUGAUUGCAUUGCGCCUUGGCUCGUACAGACGUGCAUCCAGCGGAAAUGGCCAGUCAUCUCCCCGAGCUAUCGUCUUCUCCCUCAGGCUGGCGGACAGGGCCUCUUGCAAGAUGCCACGGCGGCAUAUGAAUUCGCGCUGAAUUGGGACACUCUGCUUUCUUCCAAACGACAAGUCAUUGUUGGAGGCGCCAGCGGAGGCGUCUUCAUGGCGGCUCUUAUCGCUCACCACUGCCAGCCCAAGCCCCUUGCUCUCCUCUCCAUCCAAGGCAUCAACACCUUCCGCCACCCAUUCUUCAAUUCCUCCAUUCAGACCGCCGGCGAAGAAAUUCCUCAUGCCAUAAUGGAAAAGUACAUCGCCGGCCCCGUCCAAGUCGGCGAAAUGCCCCCCGACGAGUCCACCUUUGUCUUAGACAAACUAACCCCCGACGGCGCAAAAGACCCAAGCUUCGUACCUCCUGUUCCCCCUGAGAGAACGGCAUCAUCCGACGGUAGCUUCCGGGGCAUGCUCUACGACUACUACACCUUCAACAACGCCUUCGUCGGCAUAGUCGACUCCGUCGAUCCCGGAUACCAGUGGGCGAAACUUCCCGAGGCCAGAGACCGAGUCGCACAGUGGCCCAGGACGGUCAUCUUCCACGGCAACCAGGAUCCCGAUGUGGAGCUCAAUGUGAGCGAGGACAUGCGUGAUUGCUUGGGCGAAGAUAAGGUCACGUUGAUUAUUGCUGAUGGCCAGCCUCAUUUAUAUGAGCUGGAGAAGUUCAUCGAGGAUGAUGCUCCAGGAAUGGACGCCGUGAGGGAGGCCGUAGCUCGGUUAGAUGAGAUUAUGGCCUCU